GUCAAGAUACCAACGACGAAACGUUAUGGUAAUUUGUUAACAGACGAUAUAUCAACGGAAGUGAAGAAUGUUCUAGGCUUCUAGCGAGCUCAUUCGCCGCCGUAGAGCAAAGACCGAAAGGGCAGAUGGUCUUGUGGGAGCUCACGGCGAUCACCGCCUACUUCUUGGGCCUCAAGCGGACCUACCGCCUCGCUCUCCGGCUCCAACGACGCCUCGUCGGCCCCAAUCACCCCAGGAUCCGGCAAUUCAUUCACAGGCGCACGCGCAAGGUCUUCGAUGUGGCAGUCACAGUUCACAAAAACAUACAGCAAAGGGACAUAGAGGUUGGUAGAAAUCUGGGCAACUGGAUACUCCGUCGUCUUGAUUCCAUGAAACCAUCAGCUCAAAUACGUCGCCCACCCUCAGGUUUACCAUCCACCAAUAGCAACUUGCCGAAGCAUAUCGCAAAAACUAGCCAAUCUCACGGAGUCAAGGAGAACAAUAUCAAAGCCACCGAUGAAUCAAAUGGGCGAAUGCUAUUCAAUUCCUUGAACAUAAGGCUGAGGCACAUUCCGACCAUACCCAUAAUGUCAGAGGCGAGGAAAUCUGCAGAGUGGAACUCCCCCUGCAGUCGCAUCUCCUCCAAACCUUACAGCUUCUCCUUUUUAAGAAGAAAUUCACCGGUUUUUCGAGAUGACAUUGGUAAGUGGAUGCUGUAUUAGCAUGAAUGUAGCGGAGAACAGGGCCUGAGGUUUGCAUCCUGUUCCCCUGCCAGUUCUUGAUUCUGUUCCUCUCAAUUCUGAUAGUUUGCAUCUCCCAGAUUAGUUCCUUGUAAUAACCGAAUUAUCAAGGACACACAAGAUUCUCAAAUUUUCCUACAGUUUUGUCAAAUAGAUAGCACAUUAGUCGACUAUUUAUUUAUAAAGCAAAUUAUAGUAGUUUGUCCAA